AUGACUGGUCCUCGCGUCAAACGACAGUUCGCUGGCGCUGCCAGCGACCCCUCGCAGCGCCAAAUCACAUCGUAUUUCGAAAGAAUCUCGUCCCCGGCAUCGUCGAAUCGUUCUGCCCCGCCUUCGACCAAGACCAAUCCACUCAACGCCCCAACUCUCCCGGCGCAAGUUCAAACCGACUUGUUGACAGUUGGUAUGCGAGUGCGCAAGGCCAUUCCUGAGGGAUACAAGACCGGCACCUACACCAGCCUGGGCUUGUGGUCAGACAAUGGUGUCAGUGCUCCCUCUGCCCAAUCCGCCCCGUCAUCGACGCCGAUCAAGACAUCUUACAAUUCCUCCAUCCGCGAGCUUGAGCCUUUCUGUGGCAUCCAUAAAGUCGGUGGCCUGCUCUAUCAGCCCUCUUAUUCUUCGCGGGCCUACGACGACACUGAUGAAAACUCUGUGCCUGGCCUUUCUUGCAGCCAAGACACGGUCAUCAGCACAGCCAGCAGCGCUACUCCGUACACCUCGUCCCAGCCCCGCAAGCGUUUCUUCACUCCGGAAGACGAAGAGAACGACCCAUCCAGUUUGUCUCUCCCGCAUGCGGGACCAUUCCGUCUCAAUACGGGCGAGGGUUGGAACAUCAUGCCUGAUGAUGAGAUUUCCCCGAGGAGUGUGGUGCCGUCGCCUGGGAGCUGGGAUAAUGUGCGCGUGCUGGCCGUGCCUAGGCGCUCGCGGCUAGCGCAGCAGCACCAAAAGGGAAUGGAGCAACAAAGCCUCAUGAUCGUCGAUGGGAAUGACUUUGAGGAGGCACCAUUCUUGGACUAUCGCAUCAGGGGCAGUGGGGGUAUGGAUGUCGAGUGA